AUGAGCAUCGUGUGCUCGGGCAGGAGCCGCGCGGCUCCUGUCGGGGAGAUGCAGAGCGCCCUGCAGAGAAAGCCAGCCGGAGCUCUUCCCCGGAGCCUCCACUGCCUGCGCUCGCGGGUCCUCGUGCCCACCUACGCGUAUAGCCUGCACCACGAGCUCCAGCUGGGGGUGGUGAUGCGCAAGCGGUUGUGCGCCGGCCGGCAGGCCGCGGUCGUGGACUGCGUGGCCGGCUACGCUCUGUGCUUGGACGAGACCGCCAGGGACAUGCAGGAAGAGUGCAAGAAGAAGGGGCUGCUUGCGACUCAGGCCAAGAGCUCCACGGCCUCCUGCCCUGUCAGAGUGUUGGUGCCCAAAGAGAAGAUUCCUGACCCUCAAAGCCUGAAGCUCUGGCUCAAAGUCAGUGGCUAA